CGCCGGUUUUUUCAGACGUGGCGCAACGUAUAAGCGUUUUGCGGCAUUGAUUCGCAGGAUUGUGUACCGCAGUAUUGUGCUGGGGCGCUGGGGCAGCGCUUCUUGCUCCAGCCGCCUCCCACAGGUCCACUCCAACCUGGUGGUCAGAGUCACACUUUGAGCAAACCGCGUCCGCUGCUCAGUGAUGCGGCGCACUGGCAUCAUCCUCGCGACAGCAUUGGGCGCCUGCAAUGCGUUGACGGCUUACCAGCGGUUGACAGGCGCGACGGUGCUCUCGGUCGCGGACCGGCGGCCGGUCGAGCUGACGUCGACGUGGCAAGGUAACGAGCGCGUCGUCGUCGAGUUCCUGCGACACUUCGGGUGAGUGUUCUGCUGGGAGCGUGCCGUGCAGUUAAGGCGCGACGCGCUCCCAGCACUCGAGAAGAAUAACAUCAAGCUGGCUGUGGUAGGAAUCGGUUCCCUCGACUCCGGCGAGACGUUCGCAUCUCGCACGGAGUUCCCGAAGUCUAUGCUCUACGUCGACGAUUCUGACGAGUCCGAGGCGUAUCGCGCCGCGGGGACUCGGAACACGAAGCGGAAGCCUGACGGGAAAGCUGACUUCGAGGGCAUCGGCUCGAUGUGGUCGCAAGCCACGAACGACGCGCUCAAGGAGCGCGGUAAGAAGGACCUCGACGCCAUCACCGGCUCGCUCUUCAAGCCCGGCAUGUGUCAGUGUGUUUACGCCAUCGCCGCGACUCACAGACACGCAAACCGCAGGCAUCUAUACGCCACUCAUGCCGAAAGGCUCGACGAUGACUCGAUCCAUGGAGAAGACGAUGGUCCAGGGCGGCUCGUUCGUCUUCGAGGGCGACACCGUUUGCGCCAGUGUCCUUCCAUGAAUCCCCACCGGCACGCCGUCGCCGCGGUCGCGUCGCGUCGAUGGCGUGGAGCGAGUCGCGUGCUACCGCGCAGGUCCUCUUCGAGCACUACGACGAGUCCUCGGGCGCGCACGCCGGGAUCGACGACAUUCUCA